CCGAUCGUUCUAUUCUUACGCGAGCCAAUUGGGAGUGACGCCGAGACAGCGCAUUAAGGAACAGGAAAGUCGAAUCUCAAAACAGUUUGUACUGGCGAAUGGGAGUCUGUCUAGUGAUUCUCCAGGUACGUGCUUUCGCCGCAAGGAACAGCCCGACAAGUCAAGCCUGUAUAAGUACGGUUACCAAGUUCACUUGGAAUCAUCAUCGUCGCUUGAGCAUUCCAACCUACAACACACAUUCGUUCCUUCGGUCUCUCAGACUCAGUCAUUCUUUCAAUAUGCACUUCACUCAAGUUCUUGCUCUCGCUUCCAGCGCAGCACUGGUUGCUGCCGCCCCGGCUCCUAUCACCGUCGGCGUCGACGAUGUCAUUCUCUACGGCAAAGAUGGUCGCUUCACGGUCAUGAAGCGCGACGAUCUCGAAGAAGUCAGGAAGCUCCGCGAAUCUGGUGUCGCGCCUCCUAAGCCCGGCAACCUUGAUGAUACUCUUAUCACUAUCCCUGCCAACUCGACCACCGGCUCCGACUCUCUUCAGAAGCGUGCAACUCGCCUCAUCAUCCCCAACCCUCACCAGCGUUUCUUGGGCUGGGACGUUCUGACCAGCCAGGCUGUCAAGGGUGCGCCCACAACUAUUUCCAUCUCCACUGGCUACUCCAUCUCCAACACCAUCACCAUCGGCUCAAGCGCUUCGUUCUCGCUUGUGGAAGACUUCCUCUCGGCUUCCGUCUCGAUUGAUUAUAGCACCUCGUGGCAAACUUCUCAGACCCAGGCGUUCAACGCCGAGGUCCCGGCUGGAAAGUAUGGUGCAUUUGUAACCAAUGCAUGGACCAACCGUGAGAGCGGAAAUGUUUGGGAGGGUACGAUCGGUGGCGAAGGUAGCUUGACAUACUACCAGGCAGAUUCUUUCGAGAACAAGGGCUACGGAGACAUGCAAUGGGUCGACGGUGUCAUUUCGCUCUGCACGAGCGAUUCGUUCCCCAUCAAGAGGUGUAUUGGUGAGGGCAACUUGUAGAUAUGGUAGACCAUGAGCGGAAAUGGGGCUGAGUCGCAUGCUUGAAUGCAUGGAGUUUGUCUGCGUGUGCAUCAGGUUACUUCAUAUCACAUAAUAGACAAGAUAAAGCACGAAUGCUCUUGCCUUAUAUCUAUGUAAUGACCCUCAACCUUCCUCUGGCGUUUACUACCAAUGUCGUAACAUAACAACCAUGUAUCGUUUAGACAAGAACUGAAGUCAUCGAUGUCUCCAAUAACAAUAUGAACGGC